CAUUAUAAAUAUAUAUAUGGAGUGUUAUCAACUUACCUAUGAUCAUCAUACCCUCCAAAGUUCAAGGUUCAAAUUCUCCCUGCUUCUUCCAUUUCAACUUCCUGGCUCUCCACCAUACCUCCCCUAGAUUUCUCCCCUACAGUUCAGCUCAUCACUUUUGAACUAGAGAGAGAGAGAGAGAGAGAGAGAGAGAGAGAGAGAGAGAGAGAGAGAGAGACAGAAAUGGUGAUGCCGUCUCCUAGCCCGAUUCGGACCAAGAAAACCUGGGCGGUCGGGAUCCCGACCGUCGACCUCUCCCUCGGUCGGCCUGAGCUGUCCGAGCUGAUCCUGAGGGCCAGCGAGGAAUAUGGCUUCUUCAAGGUCACGAACCACGGCGUGUCGCAGAGGGCGGUCUCGAGGCUGGAAGAGGAAGUGGUCGAGUUCUUCGAGAAGCCCGCGCCGGAGAAGCAGCGGGCGGGGCCGGCCAGCCCGUUCGGAUACGGAUGCAAGAACAUUGGGCCCAAUGGCGACAUGGGCGAGCUCGAGUAUCUCCUCCUCCAUUCGGAUCCCAUCUCCAUUGCCGAGAGAUCCAAAACCAUCUGCGGCGACCCGGGCAAUUUCAGUUCUGCGGUGAAUAGCUACAUAGCUACGGCUCGCGAGCUGACGUGCGAGAUACUGGACCUGCUGGCGGAAGGACUGUGGCUCUCGGAUAAGUACGCCUUGAGCGGCCUCAUCAGAGACCGGCAGAGCGACUCCCUCCUCCGGAUCAACCACUAUCCUCCGGCCAAGGACGUCAAGAACAUCGGCUGGGACCUCUCGACGAGGCUCGACCAGCACUCACGCGGCGGCAACGGGCGGGUUGGGUUCGGGGAGCACUCCGACCCCCAGAUCCUGACCCUCCUGUGGUCCAACGACGUGGAAGGCCUCCAGAUAUGCCUGCCCGACGGCCUGUGGAUCCCCGUCCCUCCCGACCCCAACGCGUUCUACGUCAUGGUCGGCGACAUGCUUCAAGCGCUGACAAAUGGGAGGUUGAAGAGCGUGAGGCAUCGAGCGAUGGCAAACUCGCCAAAGCCAAGGUUGUCGCUGGUGUAUUUCGGAGCCCCACCAGUGAAUGCUUGGAUCUCUCCUUUGCCCGAGCUGGUCUCCCCACGAGCCCCCACUCCCACUCUCUACAGGCCAUUCACUUGGGGCGAGUACAAGAAGGCCAUGUACUCGCUCCGGCUCAGUGACUCUCGCCUCGACCUCUUCAAGAUCCAAAGCAGCAGCAACAAGAUCGCUUCAUGAUCACAGCAUUAGUAUCAUAUAAAUUAAAAACUCGGUCAACUGCUAGAGGAGCCCACAGCUACAGAUCAUUAAAGAAGGGCAAAAGAAAGGAGAGAUAGGUGGAGAGAUGUACAUCAGUUAGAGAUUUAGUUCAAGGGUGUUUCCUUUUCUUUUUGUUUUUUUUCCUUGGGUAGGAUCGAUAGGUUUUUACCUUUUCUUCUUUUUAUUUUUCAUGUAUUCAUAGUUUAAAGUGCAUUUUCAUUUUAUUUCAAUUUGGGGCGGCUUUGUUAAAGUUUUAGCCUGAUGAGGAUGUUGAAUUAUUUUUGUACUUAAUCACUCUAUAUGGUAUUGACAUGCCAAGUUAGCAUGCAA